AUGAGACGUCGUACCCUGAUAGGGGAGACGGAGGGGGGCAUGGAGGGGGGCAUGGAUGGGGGCAUGGAGGGGGGGCAUGGAUGGGGGCAUGGAUGGGGGCAUGGAGGGGGGCAUGGAGGGGGGCAUGGAGGGGGGCAUGGAUGGGGGCAUGGAGGGGGGCAUGGAUGGGGGCAUGGAGGGGGGCAUGGAGGGGGGCAUGGAGGGGGGCAUGGAUGGGGGCAUGGAGGGGGGCAUGGAUGGGGGCAUGGAGGGGGGCAUGGAGGGGGGCAUGGAUGGGGGCAUGGAGGGGGGCAUGGAUGGGGGCAUGGAGGGGGGCAUGGAGGGGGGCAUGGAGGGGGGCAUGGAUGGGGGCAUGGAGGGGGGCAUGGAGGGGGGCAUGGAUGGGGCAUGGAGGGGGGCAUGGAUGGGGCAUGGAGGGGGGGCAUGGAUGGGGGCAUGGAUGGGGGCAUGGAGGGGGGCAUGGAGGGGGGCAUGGAUGGGGGCAUGGAGGGGGGCAUGGAUGGGGGCAUGGAGGGGGGCAUGGAUGGGGGCAUGGAUGGGGGCAUGGAGGGGGACAUGGAGGGGGGCAUGGAUGGGGGCAUGGAGGGGGGCAUGGAGGGGGGCAGGAGGGGGGCAUGCAUGCACAAAUGA